UUGUUGGCAUGGGCAACAAUCCGUAAGCGAUAAACAGCCUGAUGAUCAUGUAGUGUUAUGACUCAUGAAAUCCCCCAUCCUUGAUUACUUCUCAGCUCGAAAUGUGAACGAAAGUGUCGCAUCCCGCCCGCACACCACAGCAGAUCAUCCAACGUGCACGUCAAAGGCCAUCGAUCACAAGCCAGAUGAGGGUAGCGGGAAUCCUACACAAUGAAAGAACAACCUAACACAAAGGGACGAGCUUUUAUCGCACUCAAGGGAAGCAAACUCGUUAAUGUCAAUUCGCCCACGUGAGGGCUCGGCAGUAGUGAAUGACGUCCAGACGAAUGAGCCUAUGUUGGGCCGCAACAUGUGGGCCGUGAUCAUUGGAAUAACCAAUUACAAACAUGGAUCCAAUAGUCCCGCGCUUGGGGCAACCGCAGAUGCAGAUGCGUUCCAUGAGUGCUUGGAACGAAGAUUCGGCGUCCCCUCCGAUCACAUUGUCAAAUUACUGGAUGAUCAUGCGACGAGGAAGAACAUCAUCGAUAGCCUAUACGAUCAUCUCAAAGUUAACGAGAGAAUUCGACCCGGCGACGCCAUCAUUGUAUUCUUCGCAGGCCACGGCUCACGCUACAAGUCGCCAUGGCAUUCUGACGAAUUCAUCGAGGCCAUCAUGCCAGUGGAUCGCGGUCAGAGCGAGACCCCGAACGGUGAACAGGUACAAGAUAUCAGUGAUCGGGAACUCAACCUUUUCUUCGCGGAGCUCAGAGAUGUGAAGGGAGGAAACAUCAUCAUCAUUCUAGACUGCUGUCACUCUGGCGGAGGGACACGCGGCAUUCGAUCUAAUGGAGAGAUGGCAGUUCGCUUUAUGGGUCCAAUGGAUGACGAUUGCCUUCCGAUGCUUCGCGCUGCCGAGUCGAACACGAGAAAACGUUGGCCCAAGGGAGCGGCGAUGGCGGAAUCGUGGACGCCUGACAUGACGUCUCAUGUACUGCUCGCUGCAUGCAAAGACGAUGAAGAAGCAUACCGCUCUCAUGUCGGGGGAAAGUUCACCAGAGCGCUUCUGCGUCAAUUGUGGUCGCGUUCGCUAGCAAGUGCAACCUACGUCGCUCUUCUCAAAUGGCUUGACUUCCUUGCCGAUAUUCAGCAACCGGUUGCUGAUGGCGAGCACAAAGACAGUCUCAUCUUUCGCAUUGGACAGAAAUCAAAGCUAUCGGUAAGAGGCAAAUUCUGUACCUCUGUCCAUUAGUGAUUUUCUCCCGUUCUGUGCAAUUCAGCCGAUAUACGUCCAAAACUGAACAUACCGUAAAUCGUGGCUGUAAUGGUUUCUUCAGAUUCCGUUACUACUCAUUUCUCUUCCCGGUGUAUCUGGCAUUCGGGAUUCGAG